AAAACAUCCCGCCCUCCGCCGGGCAUUGCGCGGUUAUUCAUGUUCCGGGGUUGUGUUCUCUGCCGAGCGUUUCCUGCCCUGAUGCAUGGCGGUCGAACGAAGGGAUUGUUGGAAAAUUUUUGGAGGUAGACCAUGCUCUUGGCCCAGUUGAAUCGGGACACCCAGAGCAUGGAGUUCCAAAGUGUUGAGGGUGAUCCACAGCAGGUCACUCUUUGCCUUACUGAGGCUGUGACAGUUGCAGACAGUGACCACAUUGAGGGAAUGGAUACAGUGAGUUUGCAGGCAGUAACUUUAGUAGAUGGCUCCACUGCAUACAUACAGCACAGCCCUAAAGAUAACAAGAUAAUGGAAGGACAGGUGAUCCAGUUGGAGGAUGGAUCUGCGGCGUAUGUACAGCAUCUUCCAAUGCCAAAAGCAGCUGGAGAAGGUCUAAGACUAGAGGAUGGCCAAACUGUGCAACUGGAGGACGGGACAACGGCAUACAUUCAUGCACCCAAAGAAACAUAUGAUCAGGGUGGAUUACAGGCUGUACAGUUGGAGGAUGGCACGACUGCCUAUAUCCAGCACAUGCCCCAGACAAGCACCAUUCUGGCUAUUCAAGCUGAUGGCACAGUGGCAGACCUGCAAGCAGAAGGCGCAAUUGACCCUGACACCAUCAGUGUGCUGGAACAGUAUUCUGCCAAGAUGGAGGGAACAGAAUGUGGCACAGGGCUGCUCAGUAGAGGUGACUCUGAUGGCAGUGUGCACAUGCAGAUUGUACUCCAGGGUCAGGAGGGCAGAUCACCAAGAGUGCAGCAUAUUGGGGAAAAGGCCUUUCGCUGUGAACAUGAGGGCUGUGGAAAACUCUACACAACAGCACAUCAUUUAAAGGUACAUGAACGUUCACAUACUGGGGAUAAACCUUACAUAUGCGAUCAUCUGGGAUGUGGAAAAAAGUUUGCGACAGGAUAUGGCCUAAAAAGUCAUGUUCGAACACACACUGGUGAAAAACCAUAUCGCUGCCAGGAGCUCAAUUGCCUUAAAUCUUUCAAGACAUCUGGAGACCUACAAAAACACACACGAACACACACUGGUGAAAAGCCUUUCAAGUGCCCAUUUGAAGGUUGUGGGAGAUCUUUCACCACAUCAAAUAUUCGAAAAGUUCACAUCCGAACACACACGGGUGAGCGCCCGUACUACUGCUCUGAACCCAACUGCGGAAGAGCUUUUGCCAGCGCCACCAACUACAAAAACCACAUGAGAAUUCACACAGGUGAGAAGCCAUAUGUGUGCACUGUGCCUGGCUGUGAUAAGCGCUUCACUGAGUACUCCAGUCUCUAUAAGCACCAUGUUGUCCAUACUCCUUGCAAGCCCUACAACUGCAACCACUGUGGGAAGACCUACAAGCAGAUCUCCACGUUAGCCAUGCACAAACGCACUGCACACAAUGACACCGAGCCUAUUGAGGAGGAGCAGGAGGCCUACUUUGAGCAACCUACAGAGGCCAUUGAUGACCCUGCAUUAACAUUUACGCCUGCUGUGGUGGAGGAGGAUGGAGGAUCAGAGCAAGUUUCAGGAGGAACAGAGAUCAUGAGUCAGCAGCACGUAGCACUCAUAUCUCAGGAUGGCACACAGCAGGUUUUUUCUCAGGCAGAUAUGAGUGGCACAGUAACGAUGGUUACACAAGAAGGAACAACUAUAACCAUCCCUGCCCAUGAGGCAAUGCUCUCCUCAGGAGAAGGUCAUUCUGUCACUAUGGUUUCUGCAGAUGGCACAGAAGGACAGGUGGCAAUUGUUACGCCCGAUCUGUCUGUAUUCCAGACUGAGGAUGGAGAGCUGGUCCAGGAGCAGCAGCAGCGGCCGGUGGUAUCCACUAGCCCACAUCCAGUUACUCUGCUGGCUACCUCGAAUGGCACACACAUUGCUGUGCAGCUCAGUGAUCAGCCUUCACUGGAGGAGGCCAUCAGAAUUGCAUCACGUAUUCAACAAGGAGAAACCCCAGGCCUAGAUGAUUAAAGCAUGACCUUCAAUUAAGAAAAAUCUCUGCGUGUGUGCUGGAUGUCCAUGCGUGUGCAUGUGCUUGCAGUGAACAAUUGAGAAAGUCAAGUAUCCAAAAAAUUUGCUAGCAUCAUGAUUGCUCUGUUUGAAGAGAACUGAAUAUAUUUUUGUGUGGAUUUAUGUACAUAACAAUGUUUUGAAACUGGAGUUUUUGCUGUAAAUAUUUAUUUGAUUCUUCUAUUGAAUACUUGACUUUUUAGGAUCUUAAUAAAUGAAAAUUGAACAACAUUCCA